AGUGACUGCUGGGAGGAGAGCGUAAGGUACCGGCAUUCCGGGCUCAAGAUGGAAAAUCAUAAACCAGAUGGUACUGUCAAGAACAACUUAAUUGAAAUCAUAACCAGAAAAAUUAACCAACUUCCAGAAGCAGAAAGGAAUCUGCUUGAAAAUGGAUCAACAUAUAUUGGACUUAAUGCUGCCCUCUGCGGCCUAAUAGCAAAUAGCCUCUUUCGACGCAUCCUACAUGUGACACAGGCUCCUGUAGCUGCUGGCUUACCAAUGGCAGUGAUCCCAUUUUUGAUGGCACACAUAUCUUACAAAGGUUUUGUAAGCUUACCUUUGAAUACAGGUGAUUUACAUUGUGAAACCUGUACCAUAACACGAGGUGGACUGAUUGGUCUUGUUUUUGGUGGCGUGUACCCUGUUUUCUUGGCUAUCCCUGUGAAUGGUGGCCUAGCAGCCAGGUAUAACUCAGCCCUGCUACCCGAGAAAGGAAACAUCUUAAAUUACUGGAUUAGGAUUUCUAAGCCUGUCUUUAGAAAGAUGUUAUUUCCCAUUUUGCUCCAGACUGGGUUUGCAGCAUACCUUGGGUCUAGACAAUAUAAACUACUUAUAAAGGCUCUUCAGUUACCUGAACCUGACCUAGAAAUUCAGUGAUGGUUAAGCAAAUCUGUACACAAAAAUAAAACU